CCUCUAGAGUAUUUUUAGAAACUCUAUGCCCGUGCUCGUAACAUCUCUCUGAUAGGGGCUUUGGUAAGGGCACGCCGUAAUCCAUGAUGCCUUGCAUAAUACUCGUGCGCCCGUUCAAGUUCCCGGCGUUUGCGGUUGCGGUGCUGUGGGUAUCGCUGGCAGCUUUUCAUCGAAUCAUGCCGGCGUAUUUCGCUUCUGCAAUGUCUUUCCUGCUGGAUAUGGCCUUCCAGUUCUGCAUCUUUCUGCCACUCGACCUGUGGACCAAGCACGCAAUCAGAACUCAUGGAUCCCUGGCCGAACGGCUGCACAUUUGGCGUUCGGAGGCACAGAUCCUGGCGGUUCUGUCAUCGCUGCUCUGGCUGUGGCGGCUUCGUGUGCCCUGGCUCCUGCUGGUUCUGGCAGCCGGUGCCUACUGUGCGGGUCGUGGCUGGAGCCCUAGCCUUGCCAUGGAGGCAGUUGGUUCCGGUGUGUUUGCCCUAUGGUUCCGAGGCAUGGAGUUCAUUGGAGUGGCCGUCGAUGGAGGCCUGCGCAAAGUGCUCCCCCAGCAGUGGAAGAUGGAACGGGCAGCAACAAUUGUAUUAACGACGACGCGGCGAGUCGUGAUUUCAAGCUUCCUGGUGUCUGCCAGAUUUCUGCAGCGCCUCUGGCGCGCCCUAGUCCACUGGCGCCGUGAGCUGUGGGAGGCUUACCUGCAUCACUCCGAUGCCAUCAGCGUGCCGGCCGAAGCGAGAGGUUCACCUCCACGGAUUGCCAGAAGGGCGACCUUCUCCGGUGUGGUGGACCGCAUGGAGGUCGCCGACCGCACUCCACCAGAGCGGUGACAUAUUGCAGCCGGUGGUGUUGCCCUUUGUGGCUCACUUAACCCUCUGAGGGUAGUUGCUUUCUGAGUGAUAUAAUAUAGAACUGCCUUGACAAUGGCAGCGGUCUUCUGCUGUGGUGGCAAAUGGCCCUUUUGAUGCACUCUUGAGUCUUGGCAUCACUGGCGUUGUACUGUGCUCUCCUGCCUUCUGAUGUGGACUCGAAGUUGCACUGAACUGCUCGGGUAGACGGGUUGUGAUGCAGGCCAUUGCUGGCAGCAGAUGAACAAGCAGGGUCGGGCUGUACCUGCGGUGCCUUCUCGUUGUUCACGGCAAAUGAGAUUCUGUACUCCGUUUCAUAACUAAAAUCCAACACUGCGGAAACUCUGCGAGAAGUUCUGUCGUCAAAAUGUGUCGCUCUGCGCAUUUCCUGGUCAAGUGGCUUGGACACGCAACUCUGAAUCAAAAUGGCAUGGCUUCAACACAUUUUCGUUUUGUGGGCAGUUAUAUGAAACCAAGCCCUAAGUAAAGUUUCUGCAGGGGUGGUAUUCUGCAAGUGUCCAUCUAGUGGAUAUGUCCAUUUCGUCUGCUGCUGACGUUCUGAUUGGCUGGGCUGAGGUACACGUCAGAAGGAGACAGGCGCUCCCAGCCAACCACCACUUUAGCGGCAGACGAAAUGGAUAUGUCCACCAGGUGGACACUUGCAGCAUAGCCCCUGAUGUCACAGAUGCCAUCCACUGCAAAAGAAAGGUAGAUGCUUGCUGAGACAUCUUUGUCACGAUUGGAAGCAGUCUUUGUGACAUACUGGAGCAGAGGACACAGCGGGGAACAAAACAAUGCAAAAUUAUUACACACCAUUACAUAAUUCAUUAGUGCCCAGCUAUUCCAACACAUGAGCUCAUAUAGUCACAAAAUGAUGUAGUGUUUUUUCUUUUGAUAUACAACGCAAUACUUUUUGCUUGCGGAUGUAGCCAGUGUGCAAAAUCGCUGUACCUUCCACAGUGUUGCACUGUAAGUAUGAAACGGAGUCUUACGAGCAUGUGAGGCAUUGUCCGACAGCCUGUGCUCGUGCGACUUGCCAUACAUGAAGAAAGAAAUUCUUGAAGCUGAUGGCAACUUAUCUGUAUAAUUUCAGCUUGCAAUCCCUUACUGUGCAACAGAAGGCAAUGAAAAGCUGCAAUUUGUUUAGGAAAUGCUUUUUUCUUUAAGUACCGCAUCGACCACAGCUGUUUUUGUGUAGCUGAUUUCUGCUGUAAUGAAGUUUGUUGUCAGCGUUGACCUGGUGAAUGUAUUUUUAGUAGAGUGAUGUUGAAUCAUUCAAAAGAAGUGGUGGAAGAUUUGUGCCUGACAGUUGUAGUGCUCGAUUUUGUUUUUGAAGUGUACCGGACAACAAUUUGAGAUCAGGCUGAUGAUAUAGAAGGCAGUGCUGCAUGACAUGGAUGAGAAGGUCAUGUUCAUAUCCUGGAAUGGAUAGAUUUUUGCGACACAUUUUUUAACCAUGACUUGACGGAGAGAGUGUCACUUUGGUGCAGUCAUAGGUGUGCGCUGAUGUGAAUUGUUAUGCUGCAGAUCUAUUGAAAGCACUUGACAACCAUGUGUCAUGAAAGUGAAACUUGUGAAUAAACUCGCAUGCACACAAAUUUUGCAACAUCUUCAUGCAGCAUGCAGUAAUCAUUUCGUAAUGUGGCGCAUAAACACUCAAAUGUUGGGUUCCCUCUCGUUUUCGUUUGUACCUCUAGCACUGCCUUUCGUCUUAACAUUACAAUACUGCAAGUUGUCAGGUUUGUGUGUGUGUAGAUUUUAAGGGAACCGCCUUGUAUGUCUGCAGUGUGAAGUGGGUGGCCACAUUGUUUUGUAGUGGUCAUUACAGGUCCUUUGUAUCAGUUGUAUCUUUUUUUUUCUUUUCUCAGUUUUCCUCGAGUGAGUGUUUUACUUUUGAGCACGUUGUCUACAUACAAAAUUUGUAUGUAGGGGCAGUCAUGAAAUGCAGUGUGGAUCUGUUUUUAUGUACAAAGAGCCACGAUAUUAUAAUAAACAAAAACAUAUCGAAAACCA